AUGUGCUCCACUGUGUGCUUCACCCUGGCACUGCUGUGCGUCACCCAGUCUGACGUGGAGGUGAUACCUGAGGUGGAGGUGAUAGUACCUGUGCGGGUCCACGCCAGGAGGCUCAGCGGGAGGUUCUGGAAGAGGAGCGAGGAGCAGCCCAGGUUCCUCCUCAGCGCCUUUGGGAAGCAUCUGACCCUCAACCUCACCCCGGACACCGGGUUCCUGGCACCGUCCUUCUCCGUCCAGCGGGUCAGAGCCGGACAGGUGGGCUCAGGUGUCCGCACGGAGGAGGCAGGAGGUCGGCUCAGGAGCUGCUUCUACUCCGGGACCGUGGAGCACGACCUGGGCUCGGUCGUGGCUGUCAGUCUGUGCUCCGGCAUCCUGGGCUCCUUCAUAACGGAGGGGGACGAGUACUUCAUUGAGCCCAAACGUGGAGGAGACCCAGGGUCUGCAGAGCAGCUGCACGUCCUCAGGAGGAGGAGGAGGACGUCCACCAGGAGCCCCGGGGUGCCCGUCCUGAUGGACCGGCACCGGUGGGAAGGUUUUACGCACGACGCGCGUAAAAGGGAAGCUCGCCGGAGACGCUUCGUGUCCGCACCUCGCUUCAUAGAGACCCUGGUGGUGGCGGAUUCCAGCAUGACCCACUUCUAUGGAGAUGAGAUAAAGCACUACAUUCUGACCCUGAUGUCCAUGGCCGCGCAGCUUUACAAGCACCCCAGCAUAAAGAACUCAGUGAACAUGGUGGUGGUGAAACUGUUGGUGGUGGAGGACGAGGAGGUCGGCCCGGAGGUCUCCAGCAACGGAGGGGUGGCUCUGAGGAACUUCUGCUCCUGGCAGCAGCUCUUCAACCCGCCAAGCCAGAGGCAUCCAGAGCACUACGACACCGCCAUGCUCUUCACCAGAGAGGACAUCUGCGGACAGAAGAGCUGCGACACGUUGGGCGUGGCCGAUGUCGGGACGAUGUGCGACCCCAAGAGAAGCUGCUCGGUUAUCGAGGACAACGGCCUGCAGGCCGCCUUCACAGCUGCACACGAGCUCGGCCAUGUGUUGAGCAUGCCUCACGACGACUCCAAGACCUGUGAGAGGCUGUUUGGAGAUCUGGGAGGACAUUACCUGAUGGCUCCUCUGUUUGUCAGCCUCAACAAGACGGCGCCUUGGUCGCCCUGCAGCGCUCUCUACGUCACGGAGUUCUUUGACAACGGACACGGGGACUGCCUGCUGGAUGUCCCAGAGAGCACCAUGCCGUUACCCAGAGAGCUGCCAGGAACCAAGUACAGCCUGGACCAGCAGUGCCAGCAGAUGUUUGGAGAGGAGUUCGUCCAAUGCCCGAACUCCUCAGACAGCGAUGUUUGCAACCAGCUGUGGUGUCAGGAGGACGGGACGCUCCAGUGCUCCACCAAGAACGGCAGCUUGCCCUGGGCCGACGGAACCCCCUGCAGCCUCAACGGGACCUGCCUCAACGGAGAGUGCAUGUCGACCCUGGAGGUGAUGCAACCGCUGGUGGCUGUGGACGGCGGCUGGAGCUCGUGGGGGCCGUGGCAGCGGUGCUCCAGAACAUGUGGAGGCGGGGUGGAGUUCUCCUACAGGGAGUGCACUGACCCGGUGCCUCUGAACGGAGGGAGGUACUGUGAGGGUCAGAGGGUCCAGUACCAGUCCUGCAACACGCAGCCAUGUGACGACAACAACGGAAAGAGCUUCAGAGAGGAGCAGUGUGAGAAGUACAACAGCCUCAGCUACCUGGACUUCAACGGGAACAUGAAACAGUGGAUCCCAAAGUACGCCGGCGUUUCUCCCAGAGACAGAUGUAAACUGUUCUGCAGAGCCAGAGGCAGCAGUGAGUUCAAGGUGUUUGAAUCCAAGGUGAUCGACGGGACGACCUGUGGCCCCGACACCACGUCGGUUUGUGUCCAAGGUCAGUGUGUGAAGGCCGGCUGCGACCAGGUGAUUGGAUCCACCAAGAGGGUGGACAAGUGUGGAGUGUGUGGAGGAAGUGGGCUCACCUGUAGGAAGAUCACGGGCUCCUACAACAAAGCAACUUACGGGUACAGCGACAUUGUCACAAUCCCUGUUGGCGCCACUAACAUUGACAUCAAACAGCGGAGCCACAGGGGAAUCAAACACGACGGGAACUACCUGGCCGUGAAGAGAGAGAGCGGCGGUUACAUCCUCAACGGUAACUUCUCCGUGUCCACGGUGGAGCAGGACAUUCCUGUUCUGGGAGCUGUGCUAAAGUACAGCGGCUCCUCCACCACGCUGGAGAGGAUCCAGAGCUUCAGGCAGCUGAGGGAGGUCAUCACCAUACAACUCCUCGCCACCGCCGGGGACGCCAACCCUCCCAAGGUCAAAUAUACUUUUUUCAUCCCCAGAGAUGUGACCUUUAACAAAACCAAGGAGAGGAAGGGCUCGUCGCCGUCUAUGCAUAUGAUCCAUCCGUUCGGCGUGCCCGACUGGGUGCUCGGCGAGUGGUCCGAGUGCUCCAAGAGCUGUGGCUCCGGAUGGUCCAGGAGGAACGUUGAAUGCAGGGACAAUGCGGGCUUCCUGUCCAGCCAUUGUGACGUAGACCUGAAGCCCAUGGACAUCAGGCCCUGUGGGGAUCUGCCCUGCCCCAUGUGGCAGAUGGGACCUUGGUCCGUCUGCUCACGAACUUGUGGUCAUGGCGAACGCCGCCGCAGCAUCUUCUGCAUAGACUACACUGGGAAGAUCGUGGAACAGGAGAAGUGCGAUCUGGACAAACUCCCAGAGCCGCUCUCUGGAGAGUGUGUCAACCAAGAGUGCUUAUGAAGAACAUGAGCAUAGUGAACUUUCCCUUUUUGGUCCGACUGCACUUACCAACCAUGGAUGGAUUACUGAAUGGGCACACUGGGCACAGGGCAACGUGUCGGGGGCAGAGACACAAAACGACCACAAAGAGACACAUAACAACCAGGAAGUGACAAAAAACAACCAUAAAGACACAAAAUAACCACAAAGACACAUAAAAACCUCAAAGAUACAUAAAAUCAGCUCCAAGAUACAUAAAACGAUCACAAAGAGACACAUAACAACCACAAACAGACAUUAAGUGAACACCAGGAGACACAAAAUAACCACAUAAAGACACAUAACAACCAGAAAGAGACACAAAAUAACCACAAAGAGACACAUAACAUCCACAAAGAGACAGAUAACAACCACAUAAAGACACAUAACAUCCACAAAGAGACACUGAACAAGUACAAAGUGACAAAUAACAACCACAAAGAGACACAAAAUAACCACAAAGAAACAAAUAACAACUACAAAGUGACACAUAACAACUACAAAGAGACAAAUAACAUCCACAAAGAGACACAAAAUAACCACAAAGAGACACAUAAUAACCACAAAGAACCAAAUAACAACCACAAACAGACAUAAUAACCAUAAAGGGACACAUAACAACCACCUGAACAACUACAAAGAGACAUAAAGUGAACAACAAGAGACACAUAACAACCACACAAAAUAACCACAAAGAGACAUAAAUAACUACAAAGAGACAUAAAUAACUACAAAGAGGCGGGGUUACAUGCCUGUCCCUUUGGCCCAUUUCCUCAUAAUCUGUCCAUUUCACCAGCUGGUCUCAUCAAGUCACAUCAGGGGCACAUCAUUGCCUGAAUAUUGUUUUGUCAUCUUUUAUUGACAUUUGACAACCACUAUUGAGAUUUGUAACCAUGGAAAUCUACCUCAGGAUGUACAUGUGAUGCUAUGUAUAGAUGUUAGAUGAAGGUGCUGUGUGUCUGUUUUCUCCAGAAAGAGAAGUUUUCUAGUCCCACUUUAAAACAGAAACUAUCUUUAUGGAUGAAGUGUGGUAAUAAUAAUCUGCAGUCUUUACGGUGGGGCUAGAGCAAUGGCAUGAAACCUGCUGUCAAGCACCAGCACAGUGUAAAUAUACCUCCAACUGUCCUCAACUCACGCCUGUAAAGCUUUGAUCGAGUCGUUUACCUGUUAUUGAGGUAAGAACAUACGAUCGAUGCGUUGGAAUUUGAAGCCCUCUGGGAAAUGCGCUCCUGUUUGAAUUAUUUCUCAUUUCUACACACGUACUAUCAUUUUUUAAAUGAUUGUCAUGAAAAUGUGGAUUUUGUAACUGUAGGAAAUCCAUUAAGUGACAUCAAAUCUGACAAUAUUUUAGCCUUUUUCAUAACAGAUUGUUUCAUUGCUGAACUAGAGAUAUAUAAUUUAUAGAAAUUGAUAGAGUUUGAGUUUACACAAUGUGUAAAAUGAAUUAGGAUAGAUAAAGACUGGUCAUUUGAGACCACAGAAACCCAUGACAGAGAAUUUCCCGCGGUUAAAUUGUAGAGUUUUUUCAGGCGUAUAAUAAUGCCGUCGAGAGGAAAAAGUGGUACGAACAACCUGAAACGCCACAGAUGUUUCAUUGGAGAUGUUGUUCCUAAUUUAAGUGAUAAGCAUACUAUCUAUCGUGUAUAUGAAAAAAUAACAUUAAUUUUAUUCAUUUCCAGACUUUUAUUUUGUUGAUGCAUCAUAUGCAUAAACGCUCACAGUUGUUUUUCAGACUCAUGUAUGUAUAUUUGAUUUCUUCAUUCCUGUUGUUAAUUUACAUGAUGUUAUGAAACAAAAGAGAUGGAGCAUUAGGCCUAUAUCCCUUCAGUGAAGGACCAUGCUAUUUUAUUAUGACAGCUUCCUUUUUAAGCUAUUUAUUUUUGUAAUAUUUUUACUUUGGACAUGUAAUUAACAUGGCAGAUGCUGCUGUCUUUGAGAUUUUUUGUCUAUAAAAAAUGGU